GUCAGAUUCGUGGGCGGUGAAUUGAACCAAAAAGAAAAAGAAAAAAAGAAAGCAAAAAAAAAAGAGAGACACAAAACACAAACCAGUCGACGACGGUUGAAACUUGGUGUUCGGCCCCUUUGCUCGACGCGCCGAAAAACGCUACACGCGCACCCCGCUGCCACACCUCACACUCUCUAGGGGAGGGGGGAAACGAAAAAACAAAGGAAGAGAGAGAGAGAGAGAGAGAGAGAGAGGAGGGACAGUUCAUUCCCUCCUGCCCGCAACGAACGGCCCGUUCCCCAGUUCAAAGCGACGCUGGAAAGCAGGAAUCCGCCGCGUGGGAUUCCCCAACAGAUGACCUCGAGAGCGCCGUCACGGAACGCAGCCGUCGUCCGGAACGCGUCGAACGCGCUGCCGGCGCCCUCGCAGACCGCAACGGCGAGCGUGCGGCGCAACCUCUUCCCGCAAGCCGCGCGUCGCCAGGCUCAACACGUCAGCGCGUCGUCGGCGUCGGCAGCGGCGGUGGCGGCGGCGGCGGCAGCAGCAGCAGCAGCAGCUUCCUCGGCGGCUUCCUCUGGCGCGACGGCCGGCCUGCACCCGGCCUCGUCGUCCGGCUACAACGCGGGGAGCGAGAUCAUCGUGCGCGAUCCCCGGACGGGCACGUUCGCCAUCGACGCGCCCCAGCUGCCCUCGUCCGUGGAGCCGAGGCUGGAGGCCGAAGAGGAGGAGGCGGAGGCCAGACGGCGGCUGAUCGACAGCUGGCGCAAGCAUGGCGACCACGGCAUGGUCGACCACAACGAGAUCAAAGCGGUGCUGAUGGCGAGCUUGGAGAGCAAAGUGCAGAGCCUGGACGAAGACGGCUGGAUGUUCGGGGAUGAGGAGAAGGACGAAGAAUGACAGGCUGCCCGCGAACAGUAGUCGAACUGCAUUGCCCUUCCUUCGAACGGCGGAUGAGAUACACGUCUGCGCAUACGGUUUCCUUGGGCACAGCAUACGGUGGCGUUUUGGGAAGCAAACAUGCCUUGAGUGUCAGCAGUUUACGAUACCCUUGCUCCAUAAGAAAAGAGCCGGAUAGCGUGCACGGUCAUGGUUAUGAUCACACAGAAGGCGAUGCGAUAAGAGUUGAUAAAAGUAUGACAGGAAACCGAGCAAGCUCUCAGAUAGUGAUCAGUUUCAAUUCAUAAAUAGUACACACAAGCAUGCACGUAGGACUGGAC